AUGUCGGUUGGCCGUGAAACGUCGGGAUUGGGGCACCGAUGGCGCUCGUCCAGGGUCUUCAUCGUAACCUGUAUCACAUUCGCCUUAUUUACAGGUACGUGUCGAAAGACGUUCCUGUACAGCUUCAUCGUCCCUAUUUUACAAGUAAUGCUCCGAGACCGCCUGCACAUCGACGAUUCCAAGGCCCAAUCAACUACAACAACGGUGCUCUUCGUGCAUGCCUUUGUGUGUGCGAUCACUUCCCCAUUGACCGGACAAAUAUCAGAUAGGAUUUCAUCUCGCAAAGCUCCGCUGCUGAUAGUGCUGGGAGCCGAGUUGUUUGGCACAGUGCUCUGUGCAGUUGCGACCUCGCUUCCUGUUCUCAUUGUCGGGCGCGUCGUCCAGGCCAUCGGUGGAAAUGCGACAUGGAUCAUUGGCCUCGCCACCAUUGCCGAUACAGUCGGGUCAGACAACACAUCCCGAACUCUAUCAACGGUCUCCAUGUUUUACAUGUCGGGCAUGCUCGUUGGGCCGAUCGUGUCGGGGACGCUGCUCCCCCUGGUAGGGUACUGGCCAACUUGGGGCACAGCCAUCGCAGUGCUGACAGUCGAUAUGUUGAUGCGAAUACUCAUGAUCGAGAACCCUCUUGAAAAAAAGAAAAACCAAGGAAUGAAACAGAAUGGGAGCACUACAUCGAAUGGUGAUGUCGAAUCGAGUGUACGGGAAGCCAACCACAAUGGCUCAGCAGAUGAAACAACAGGGCUUCUCGCUUCGCCUUCUAGUGAAUCGUCGCAGACAGCAUCUUCCGACAACUUUUACAGGGUUUUACUCACCAAUCCGCAAGCACUGACGGGCAUGGCUUGCCAUAUGACCGCGGGUCUAGUCCUGACCAGUCUAGACACCACGCUACCAUUACAUGUGAUGCGAGAAUUUGACUGGGACACCGCUCGCAUCAGCUUGAUGUUUCUCCUCGUCCAGAUUCCAUUCCUUAUCCUCGGCCCGUUUACCGGCUGGUUGAAAGAUCGGGUUGGUAGCAAAGUGCCUACCGGCGUGGGAUUUGUAGGCUCGGGACUCAUGAUGUGGCUUCUCGGCGUGCCUGGCAAGGAUGGAUUCUCCUUUGCUGGAAUCGGAGAGCGCGGUCAGCUUAUAUACGCAGCUUCGCUGUUGGGGUUGGGUCUUUCGAGGUCGCUGACCACUGGCUCUGGUAUACUGGAAAUGACAACUGUUAUACGAGAUCUGCAAGCCAAGAGCCCUGGAAUCUUCGGGCCUAACGGAGGAUUCUCUAGAGGUUAUUCCCUGACAAAUCUGAGCUGGACAGCGGGCAUGUUGGUCGGCCCGGUCCUCUCGGGUUCACUCACCCAGACGGUUGGAUACUAUUAUAUGAACUUUACGUUUGCUUUGUUGCUAAAGCGAGAUUUUGAGCUGACUAUCGGUAAUAGCAACAAUAUGCGUCGUGGUCGGCGCAUUAUGCUUUACUUUUCUUCAUAA